AUGCUGAACAAUAAAAUUUUGGUGAUAUAAAUUUCUUAAUUGAGUAAACAGAACAUUCAAAAAUUUCAAUUAAAUGAUAAUCAAAAUAUUAUUUAAUUAGAUCCUCAUAUUACCAAGUUAGAAAAAGUUUAUGAUGUUCAAACAAGAUGUAUUUUUUUGCCUUUAAAAUCAGAUGAUUCAGAUAUAUUAAAUUAUGCCAUUAACAUUUUCAAUUAAUUCCUAAAUUAAAAUCUUUCUUUUUAUGUAUUAUCUCUAUUAAAUCAUAAACAAAAAUAUUUUGCGAAAUUGGAAACAGGAGUUAAUCCUCUCUUAAUUUCUAGAAUUACUAAUAAUAUUUUAAUACCAAUACAGAAACAAAUUGAUUAUUAUAUAGAAUAAGAUGGGUAUUUUGACUCUCUUUAUUAAGAUACAAUGAUUUUGAUUAAAUAAUUAAUUUCAAUAUAAACUAACUGA